AUGUCUUGGGAAGUGCUGCCAGUGGAGGUACCAGGAGCAGAUACAGAAAACGUGUUAAAUCCUGAAAAUAUGUCUCUAGAACUGCUGCCCACGGAGGAGCCAGGAGUAAAUCCUGAAAAUAUGUCUCUAGAACUGCUGCCCACGGAGGAGCCAGGAGUAGAGCCUGAAAAUAUGUCUCUAGAACUGCUGCCCACGGAGGACCCAGGAGUAGAGCCUGAAAAUAUAUGUCUCGAAUUGCUGCCUGUAGAGGAGCCAGGACUAUAUCCUGAAAAGAUGUCUAAAGGAUUCCUGCCCAUGGAGGAGCCAGGACUAUAUCCUGAAAAGAUGUCUAAAGGAUUCCUGCCCAUGGAGGAGCCAGGACUAUAUCCUGAAAAGAUGUCUAAAGGAUUCUUGCCCAUGAAGGGGCCAGGACUAUAUCCUGAAAAGAUGUCUAAAGGAUUCUUGCCCAUGAAGGGGCCAGGACUAUAUCCUGAAAAGAUGUCUAAAGGCUUCCUGCCCGUGGAGGAGCCAGGACUAUAUCCUGAAAAGAUGUCUAAAGGAUUCCUGCCCAUGAAGGUGCCAGAAGCACUCUAUUACAUGAAUAAAGGGACCAUGGUACCAUCAAAUGCACUAGAGGAUGGAAACUCAGGCCUCGGUUCCUUGGGAGAUGGUGAAUGGCAAAAAAGGACAGACGACAGUACUGGUCCAGACCAAGGUGAUUUCAAGAUAGAAUCCUCUCCUUGCUACCUGUUGACUGUAAGGAUCAUCCGGAUGAGAAAUCUCCAGCGAGUGGAUGCCUUAAGCCAGGCUGAUUGCUACGUGUCCCUGUGGCUGCCAACUGCGACGUGUGAAAGGUCCCGCACCAAAACUGUGAGGAACUCCGACAACCCAGUGUGGAACGAAACCUUCUACUUCAGAAUCCAGAGUCAGGUCAAGAAUGUGCUGGAGCUCACGGUGUAUGAUGAGGAUUUUGCCACUCCAGAUGACCAUCUCCUCUGUGCCCUCUUUGAUACUGCUAAACUUCCACUUGACAAAACAGUGAUCUUGUACUUCAAGCCUAGCCCAAAUGCCAAGGAGGAGCUAGAGGUUGAAUUCAAAUUGGAGAUUGCACCUGGUCCUCAUGAAACGAUUGCUAGCAAUGGAGUGCUGGUGUGCCGGGAACUUUGCUGCUUGGAAGUUGAAGUGGCAGAGAAGACGAAGCAAAAAUCAAAGAAGGAGCUUUCCCUCACUGUGAAGGGCUCCUUUGAGGGGACGCAGGACAUCGUGCUGGGCCCCAAUGGAGUUGUCAGCCCCUCAUGUCCCACCGAGUUCCACUACAUCAAGUAUGCGGAGCCAACGCUGGAUGUCAUGCUGCCAAAGAAGAGGCGCUACCACCCCUGGUCCUGUAGGUACAGUACAGAGACGGGCUCCCCGGUUGUGAUGCUGAACUCGCUGCCCAUGGGAAGGAAAACAACCAUUGCAGAGGAGAAAAGAUUUGACUUGAAUGUGACAGCAAAAGCAUGUAAUUGUUCCUGCCACCAAGACCUGGACAUGCGCUUUGGUUUUAACUUAUGUUCUGAAGAGAUGGCUUUCCUGGGGAAAAGAAAGAGAUAUGUAGCAAGUGCUCUCAAAAAUGUUUUUCACCUACCACACGAACUGCAGGAUCAAGAAGUCCCCGUCGUGGCCAUCAUCACGACAGGUGGAGGACUGAAGUCGAUGACAGGAUUGUAUGGCAGCCUCAUGGGACUCAAGAAGUUAAAUCUCCUGGACUGUAUAACAUACAUCAGCGGGCUGUCUGGCACCACAUGGACCAUGGCCAACUUAUACAGAGACGCCUACUGGUCACAGAAGGACCUAGACUCACACAUUAGUGAAGCCCAAAAACAAGCAACAAAAUGCAAGAUGGGCUGUUUCUCUAUGGAUCGCAUGAAGUACUACAACAAGCAGCUCUGCCAGCGCAAAGAAGAGGGAUACAGGACAUCAUUUAUAGAUCUGUGGGGUCUCAUGAUCGAGUACUUACUAAAUGAGGGGAAAGACCCCCACAAGCUUUCAGAGCAGCAAGAAGCACUGUGUGAUGGCCAGAACCCACUGCCCAUCUAUGUGUCAGUCUGUGUCCGGGACAGUUAUAGCACCAAUGACUUCAAAGAGUGGGUGGAGUUCACUCCCUACGAGGUGGGGCUGCUGAAGUACGGCGCGUUUGUCCGCACGGAGCACUUCGGGAGCGAGUUCUUCAUGGGCCGCUUGUUAAAGAAGCUCCCCGAAUCCCGCAUCUGCUACCUUCAAGGUAUGUGGAGCAGUAUAUUUUCUGUGAACCUUUUACAAAUAUGGGGCCUGUCCCACAGUUCAGAGGACUUCUGGAAGAGAUGGACACAAGACAGAAUAGAGGAAGUUGACGAGGACCCGGUGCUGCCCACGCGGCCCCACGAGCUGAGGACGCGCAUGUACACACCGCCCGGGCCCCUGUCCAGCGCCCUGCGCGGGGCCCUGACCGACCGCUUCUCCGUGGCCCAGCACCACAACUUCCUGAAGGGCUACCAGCUGCACAACAACUACAUGGAGAACAAGCACUUCUGUCGCUGGAAAGAUACUGUGUUAGAUUCACGUCCCAACCAGCUGAUGCAAAAUCCUGAUCAGCUGGGCAUGAUAGAUGCUGGAUUUUUCAUCAAUACCAGCAGUGCACCACUUUUAAGGCCACAGAGGGAAGUGGAUGUCAUCAUAUAUCUAAGUUAUACUACUGGAUCACAUACAUCGUCUCUAGAUAAGGCCUGUAAAUACUACUCAGAGCAGAAAAUCCCAUUCCCAACAAUUUCUUUGACUGACGAAGAUAAGAAAAAUCUGAAGGAGUGCUACAUCUUCCAAGAUUCAGAUCUGCCAGGAUGUCCGAUUGUGAUUUUUCUUCCCCUUGUGAAUGAUACCUUCCAAGAGUACAAAGCACCUGGUGUCAAGCGCUGUUGCUCAGAGAUGGAGGAAGGCCAGCUUGAUUUGACCAGCUCCUGUUCCCCCUACUGCAUGUUCUCUGUCAGAUACACCGAUGAGAACUACCGCAAGCUGCUCAAUCUCAGCGAGUACAACAUCCUCAACAACUCUGAGAUGAUUAUGGAGGCCUUGCAGACAGCGAUGCAAAGGAGGAGGCAGAAAAUGUGCUGA